AACACCAUGUUAUUACUAGCCUGUCUUGGCAUUUACUACAUUUCAGUUUUCUGUCUCAAGACAUCGAGAGAAACCUAAUUAAAAGGCUCAUCCUCGUGGAUCGCCUAGCCACCACACUGCCUUUUCUAAUUGGCCAUGGAAUUCCGUGAGAAAGUGACACUGUGGAGCUUCUUCGAUGAAGAAAAAAAGAGUAUGAACAACACCACCACAUCUCCUGGUAGGGUAUCCUUCACAAGGUCCCCCGAACAUGAUCAGUCUCAAAGUGUCUCGGGUCAAACUUCCCCUACAUCCACGCCCGUCCGGCCCAUGAGCCCCGAGACACCGUGGACGCUGUCACCGGUGCGGAUGUCCCCUUCCCAGCCACUCCUCUACCACUGCCUGGCCUCGCUCCACCGACACAAGGGCAGCAUCCUGUCAGUCGCGGUGUCAAAGAAUUUCAUAUUCACUGGCACGCAGAGCCGGAGAAUUUAUGCAUGGAAGCAACCAAAGUGCACCGAUGCAGGUAGAAUAAUAGCCUCAUCUGGUGAGAUCCGAGCCCUCCUGGCUCAUGGUAGAGUCCUGUUCACGGCGCAUGGAGAUUGCAGGGUCCGAGCAUGGGGUGUCACGGCGAUGGACAAUUUCCAGCCAAGGAAGUUGGCUACAAUUCCUCAGAGAAACUCAUUGCUGAUGCUCCCUAGGAAGAGCCCGAACCAACACAAGGACUGCAUCUCUUGCCUUGCCUACAACCAUGAUGAUAAGCUUCUGUACACGGGCUCGUGGGACAGGACAGUCAAGGCAUGGAACCUCACAGACAAAAGGUGCGAGGAUUCGUUCGUUGCUCACGAAGGGCACAUUACUGGAAUCAUCAUUAACCAAGAUGAUGGCCGUGUUUUCACUUGCUCUACUGAUGGCUCGGUGAAGAUAUGGAGGAGGGUUUUCGGAGAAAGCUCGCAUAUCCUCACCAUGACCCUGAAGUUUCAGCUGUCGCCCGUCAAUGCCCUAGCCCUAAGCUCGUCACCGAGCAGCUGCAUUCUCUACUCAGGCUCUUCCGACGGACUAAUCAACUUCUGGGAGAAGGAGAAAACUUCGGGAAGGUUCAACCACGGAGGGUUCUUGCAGGGUCACCACUUCGCGGUUCUCUGCCUAACAGCUGUGGCGGAUUUGGUCUUCAGCGGUUCGGAAGAUACGAGGAUCAGGGUUUGGAGGAGAGAGGAAGGGAACAACUUGCACUCUUGCCUUGCGGUGAUGGAAGGACACCAGGGACCGGUGAGAUGUUUGGCGGCCACUUUGGAGAGGGAGAGCUUAGGGAAGGGCUUGUUGGUUUACAGUGCAAGCUUGGACGAGACAUUUAAGGUUUGGCGAGUUAACAUAUAUCCGACGGAGAAGGUGAGCCUGCAAAAGCAAAAAUCGAUUGUAGACGACCCAAAGGCAGCUGCUGUGGAUUUCGAGAUGAGUCCAGUACUAUCGCCUUCAUGGGUGGUGAAAAAGCUGCAAGUUUAAUUAACACAAGCAUAUAAUAUUACUUAUCUCCAAAGUUAUCCAUUUGGGAAAACUAUAUUAACCCACUACUUCUGAACGCUUUUUCAUUUUAGUCCCUCUUAUUUUUUCCUUUUUGUUCGUUCUCAUGUAGUAGCUUUGCUUAUCAGCUUUCAUCCUUUUUUAUUUUUAUUCGUCUUCAUCAUGUACCUUUAGUUAUUUUUAUGUUUCCAUCAUAUAUAUUCGAUAUUCUAUUAGAGAAAAGUUUUGG